CCAUGUGGCAGCAACCCACGUGCUUGUCCCAUUCAACUCUUUCCCUUCCCGGGGCGCCGCCAGUGAACGCUGCCCAUGCCCGCAGGUCGAGCACGGAGCUGCGCAAGGAGAAGUCCCGGGAUGCGGCCCGCAGCCGGCGCAGCCAGGAGACCGAGGUGCUGUACCAGCUGGCGCACACGCUGCCCUUCGCGCGCGGGGUGAGCGCCCACCUGGACAAGGCCUCCAUCAUGCGCCUCACCAUCAGCUACCUGCGCAUGCACCAACUCUGCGCCGCAGGGGAGUGGAACCAGGUGGGAGCAGGGGGCGAGCCACUGGAUGCCUGCUACCUGAAGGCCCUGGAGGGCUUCGUUAUGGUGCUCACCGCCGAGGGAGACAUGGCUUACUUGUCAGAGAAUGUCAGCAAACACCUGGGCCUCAGUCAGCUUGAGCUGAUCGGACACAGUAUCUUUGAUUUUAUCCAUCCCUGUGACCAAGAGGAGCUUCAGGACGCCCUGACCCCCCGGCAGAGCCUGUCCAAAAAGAAGCCGGAGGCCCCCACCGAGCGGUGCUUCUCCUUGCGCAUGAAGAGCACCCUCACCAGCCGCGGGCGCACCCUCAACCUCAAGGCGGCCACCUGGAAGGUACUGCACUGUUCUGGACACAUGAGGGCCUACAAACCCCCUGCACAGUCUUCCCCGGCCGGGAGCCCCAACUUGGAGCCCCCCCUGCAAUGCCUGGUGCUAAUCUGUGAAGCCAUCCCCCACCCUGGCAGCUUGGAGCCCCCGUUGGGCCGGGGGGCCUUCCUCAGCCGCCACAGCCUGGACAUGAAGUUCACCUACUGUGACGAGAGGAUUGCGGAGGUUGCUGGCUACAGCCCUGAUGACCUGAUUGGCUGUUCUGCCUAUGAGUACAUCCAUGCGCUGGACUCAGAUGCAGUCGGCCAGAGCAUCCAUACCUUGCUGAGCAAGGGCCAGGCAGUAACGGGGCAGUACCGCUUCCUGGCCCGGAGUGGUGGCUACCUGUGGACCCAGACCCAGGCCACAGUGGUGUCGGGGGGCCGGGGCCCCCAGUCUGAGAGUAUCGUCUGCGUCCAUUUCCUGAUCAGCCGGGUGGAAGAGACCGAAGUGGUGCUGUCCCUGGAGCAAACGGAGCGACACUCUCGCAGACACGUUCAGCGGGGCACCCCCUCUCAGAAGGAUGCCCCUAAUCCUGGUGACAGCCUUGACACCUCUGGUCCCCGGAUCCUAGCCUUCCUGCACCCCCCUGCCCUGAGUGAGGCCGCCCUGGCCGCUGACCCCCGUCGUUUCUGUAGCCCUGACCUCCGUCGCCUCCUGGCACCGAUCCUGGAUGGGACUUCAGUAGCCGCUACCCCCAGCGCACCCCCAGCCCCACGACGCCCCCGAAGUCCUCUUCCGGCUGAUCUCCCAGAUGAACUACUUGUGGAUGUGGAGAAUGCACACAAACUCUUUGCCUCUGGGAAAGACCUUGAGGCAGUGGAGACAGAUCUAGAUAUAGCUCAGGACGUCGAUGCUCUGGACUUGGAGAUGCUGGCCCCCUACAUCUCCAUGGAUGAUGACUUCCAGCUCAACUCCACUGAGCAGCUACCCAGGGCCUACCACAGACCUCCAGGGGCUGUUCCCCGGCCCCGUGCACGGAGCUUCCACGGCAUGUCGCCCCCAACCCCUGAGCCCUCCCUGCUGCCCCGCUGGGGGAGUGACCCCCGGCUGAGCUGUUCCAGCCCCUCCAGAGGGGACCCCUCAGCAUCCUCCCCCAUGGCUGGGGCUCGGAAGAGGGCCCUGGCCCAGAGCUCAGAGGACGAGGCAGAGGGGGUGGAGCUGCUGGGAGUGAGACCCCCCAAACGGUCCCCCAGCCCAGAACCCGGAAACUUCCUGCUGCCUCCCCUCAGCCUGAGUUUCCUUCUGACAGGAGGACCAGCCCCAGGGAGCCAGCAGGAUCCCAGCACCCACCUCCUAGAACUGAAUGAGCCCCUGGGCCUGGGCCCCUCCCUGCUCUCUCUCUACCCGGACGAGGACACCACCCAGCCCAGGAGCCACUUUCAGCCAGCAGCAGGCUUGGCCCAGGCCAACUGAGCCAGGUCCUCUUCCCAUCUCCCUUCUCCCCCCCGCCAAGAAAGGACGUCAAUCAUACUCCAAGCCGGCAGCCAAUGCACAGGAUGGAGGUGCCGGGAGAGGGGUUCCCUCUCUCCUCUCGGUGACCCCCGCCCGCCUCAGGCCUACCUCAGUCCCCACCCCUCUGCCCCACCCCCACUGUCUGGGGGUGCUCCGGGGUGGUCUCAGCUCAGUGACCUCUGGGAGGGGGUCCCUGGCCCUCUCCUGCUUCUCUCAGGACUUCCCUUGGGGUUCUCAGUACCGGUUACCUCAUCCUUUUCUCCAAUUCUCUUGGCUUUAUUUUCGGUAA